AUGAUCAGAAGCGAGGCCGAAGCAGCUGCAUACGUAACGCCCGUCCGCAGUCCCUGGGAUGGCGAUCUAGUGCAGCAAUUUCGCAGAUGGGGAUAUCGAGAGCUGGAAGACUAUCGAAGUGAGCUGUGCGACUUCGGACCUGAUCAGCAUAAUCUGCAGCGCGCUUUCAGCGAGCUCGGGAUCGGGAUUGCGUCGUCGGUUGAUGGCGGGCCGAAUCAUUGCUUCUAUGUCGAGCACAAGUAUGGACCUACGGUACAGCGCCCGCCGGAUGGACAGUGGCCAGAGCUAGACCAGCAGUAUUACAUGGUUGGAGAGAAGCGAUACAGAGAGACCCAAGCCUACAGUACCAUUGGCAUCAACCCAUCGGCCGGGGCAGUCUACUUCCUCAACCGGCUGAGCCCGACCCAAGCCGCGCUCGAGAACUGGGGCAACCCAGAGGUGCGCAAGGCGUGGCUGCCCGCGCUGGCCUCGAGCUCCGACCACGCGUGGGGAUUCUGGAACCGCGUCAACACUGCGAAUCUCGCGGGCAUCAGGAAGAUCUUCUCCUGCAUGAUCACAAACGAAGUCACGCUAGCGCUUAUCACAGAGGCGCUGCGGAGCUACCCGCUGAGUCCCGGGGAGGAGCGCCCAAAUGGAGUGCAGAAGUGGCCUGGCACUACGCUUCCGAUGCGAUAUGACGCCGCGCAGGCUCUCCUGGGCUCGCCCAAUGGACUGGGUGUUGGCUAUUUCCUGGCUCAGCACAAGCAUCGCCUGGGCAACAAGGCGGUUGAGAAAGUCACCGUGUUCCGCCCGGACAAAGGGAUGAUGCCAUAUCUGCUCUUUUGGGUCGAAGAUGCGCCACUGGCUACGCGAGAUAUCGCAGCGAGCAAGAGAAGGAAGACUUGGGCUCGCCUUUGA